UGAAAAUUUAUAUCCUUCUUUUUUCAUGAUCUAUCCUAUUAAAAAAAAAAAUAAAUAAAAUUGUUGGCAAAUUUGGGAUUGAAUCAUAACGGCUUUUAGCAAGCAGCAACUACAGUGUUUCUAGGUCGAAUGUCUAGGGUUUAAGAUUAAACCCCCAAAAUAUCACAAUCGACCAAAGCUUUGACGGAUACAUCAAUGGCUUCUUUAGCUCUGCAUCUCAAAUCCCAUCACAGACACUCACAGAUUCUUCAGCGAACCACCAUUUCCAACUUGAAGUUUUCUCACCUUUUCUCGUCAUCUUCUUCCUCUAGCGACGACGACAACAACAACAAAAUUGACAACUACUUCAGCGAAAUCAAAUCCAAAUUGCAACAACAAUCACAAGAACAGUCCAAUCUAAGUCCUCCUCCUCCCUCUGAAGAUCCUUCAACUCAUUCUAAGUCUAACAAUGGCGGGGAAAAGUCAUACCCAUUUUCCUUCGCCAUUUCGGAGAUCAAAUCCAAACUAAAACCACUAGAACAACAACAACACCAACAAUUUUCCAAAUCAGAUUUUCGGUUUUCCAAUUUUACCCAGCAAGGCUCUUCAAAACCUUCUACAAAUGACUCAAUUGAAAAAAUCCGCCAGAAUUUCUCAGAAUUUCGUCGCCGAUCCGUGCCUGGAUCUCCUUCUCAGCAGAAUAGUUUGUUUCAAAAAUCUACCCCUGAUUCCAAUGCAUACAUUCCAUUUGAUAGUAUUAGACAGAGUUUGCGUGAAACGGUAGCUAGAGCUCCGGAUAAGGAUAAGAAUAUGAGUGAUCCAAUGCCAUUGAAUAACUAUCGCAACAAUAGCCAGAAAGCGUGGAGGACUAAGGAAAAUGGUGGUAAUACAAAUAAGAUGACUGCUGAAAACUUGCCAAUGGAAGUUUUUGGGAGGGAGAUUAGUGAGGAAAACAUAAAGAAAGGGGAAGAAGAAGAAGAUGGAGAUUUUUGGAUGAUGAAGUAUGAGUAUCAUGAAUUGGGGAAGAAGCUGAAGGAGCUCAGGCCAAAUCCGAAGGAAAACAAGGGUAAUUGGUUCUCCUUGUCGGAGUUAAAUGAGAGAUUGAAGAAAGUAAAGGACAAUGCAGAAAAGGGCUAUAGUAGUUUUGGUGGUUAUGAUAAUGGUCUUGGUCAGAUCUUCACUCAGAUCAUAAAAGAGACCAAGAACAAGUCCAAGUCCAAGAUGCAUCCUUUAAUUCAUGGAUUUGAUAUAUUGGAUCCUCCCAAGUUCAUGUUGUCUCCUCCGAAAGAACAUUUAGUAGAAAAGUAUUUCCAUCCGGAUAACCUUUCUGCUAAGGACAAAUUGAAGCUUGAGUUGAAAAAAGUACGAAAUGAAUUUAAAAUGCACGAAUCAGAUUAUGGGUCAUCACGUGUCCAAAUUGCACAACUUACAACCGAAAUUCUCCACCUCUCAUCUGUUUUGCACAAGAAGGAUAAACAUUCACGUCGAGGACUGCAAGCCAAAGUGCAGCAGAGGAAGAAACUGUUGAAAUAUCUUCGGAGAACUGAUUGGGAGUCGUACUGCUUUGUUCUUUCUAAACUUGGCCUCCGUGACAACCCUGAUUACAAGAAUUGACAAAAAGCCUGAACACAUUACUUGUUACCCAUAGUAGAUGGCGAGGAUUAUUUUACGGCCCAUAUGGCAAACGGUGUUAAAAAAUAGUAAUGGUAUCUUUACGGAAUAUUACUUAUAGGAGUCGACUUGCCGAUUAGAGGAGUCGAAUGGCUUUUCUGUCAAAAUAGUCGACACGCCUGCAGCAAUAUUCCUGAAGGGACCGACUCCACAACCUUGACUGGCGACUCGACAUUAGCGUGGAACUUGCAGCAUUUUGAGCGCGUUUCUUUUAAUUGUUUUGCCCUGCUCUUCUUUUUGGCAAAUAAUAGAACUUCCCAAAUCUCCCUUAAUACUCCAAUGAUUAGGGAGAAACAAUUAGCUUUUUUAGAGCAGUUUUUUUGGUUUUCUAUAUUAGUGUAUUUAGAUUCUUCAAUAUUUCAGAUAUUUUUGUCUUUAUUAGAUUAUCUUUAUUUAUUUCUUUAAUUUGAUAUGAUGAUGAUGAUUUCCAUGAGUUCUAUUUUCACUAUUAUGA